CACCAGGCCCGCUGCGCACUGGGCUCAGCUCCCCGUCGUGCUGGCCGCCGGCCCCGGCCUCCGCCUGGGGAUGAGGUGGGAGGCGCUAGAAGCCACUUAGCUACAGCCCGGCGCCCGAUGCGGCGCUCGCUCGCUGCCCCCGCCACCGAAGCGCCUGCGAAGCACAAUGCAGCACUGAGGCAGCGGCGGCUGCGGCAGCGGCAGCGGCGCGGGCCGGGAAGGGGCGGCCGGGAGCCGGAGCCGGGGCCCCGGGCACCCCCAGUAGAGCGCCGCCACUAUGCAGGCAGCCGCGGCCACGUCCUUCUGGCUGCUCUGCGUCUUGGGGACCUGCUCCCUGGCGCGCUGCGGUCGGGCAGGAGACGCCUCACUGAGGGAACUGGAGAGGGGUAACGAAGACCGCUUCCUGGAGCGCCAGAGUAUCCUACCACUGCGCCUCAUCUACCGCUCGGGCGGCGAGGACGAAACUCAGCACGACCAGCUCAGCACGCGUGUGCGGGGCGACCCAGGCGGCCGGCAGCUGACUCACGUGGACAAGGCAAGCUUCCAGGUGGAUGCCUUUGGAGCAUCCUUCAUUCUUGACGUCCGGCUGAACCAUGAGCUUCUGUCCUCUAGUUAUGUGGAGAGACAUAUAGAACAUGGAGGCAAGGCUGUGGAAAACAAAGGAGGAGAACACUGUUACUACCAGGGCCAGAUCCGAGGAAACCCUGCCUCAUUUGUUGCCCUGUCAACAUGCCAUGGACUCCAUGGGAUGUUCUAUGAUGGGAACCACACAUAUCUCAUUGAGCCAGAAGAAAAUGAGACCUCCCAAGAGGAGUCUCGUUUUCACUCGGUUUACAAAUCCAGACUGUUUGAAUUUCCCUUGGAUGACCUUCCAUCUGAAUUUCAACGAGUAAAUAUUACUCCCCCAAAACUUAUUUUGAAGCCAAGACUAAAGCGGAGUAAACGGCAGCUUCUUAGAGUUCCUCGUAGCGUGGAGGACGAAACCAAGUACAUUGAACUCAUGAUCGUGAAUGAUCACCUCAUGUUUAAGAAGCACCGCCUUUCCGUUGUACAUACAAACACCUAUGCAAAGUCUGUGGUGAACAUGGCGGACAUGAUAUAUAAAGACCAACUUAAGACUAGGAUAGUAUUGGUUGCCAUGGAAACCUGGGCUGCUGACAACAAGUUUGCCAUAUCUGAAAACCCACUGGUCACCCUGCGAGAGUUUAUGAAAUACAGGAGGGAUUUUAUCAAAGAGAAGAGUGACGCAGUUCAUCUUUUCUCGGGCAGUCAAUUUGAGAGCAGCCGGAGCGGGGCAGCUUAUAUUGGUGGGAUUUGCUCGCUGCUGAGAGGAGGAGGCGUGAAUGAGUUUGGAAAAACCGAUCUGAUGGCAGUCACACUUGCUCAGUCAUUAGCCCACAAUAUUGGUAUAAUCUCAGACAAGAGGAAGUUAGCGAGCGGUGAGUGCAGGUGUGAGGACACAUGGUCUGGGUGCAUAAUGGGAGACACUGGCUAUUAUCUCCCCAAAAAGUUCACUCAGUGCAAUAUCGAGGAAUACCAUGACUUCCUGAAUAGCGGUGGAGGUGCCUGCCUGUUCAACAAGCCUUCCAAGCUCCUUGAUCCCCCUGAGUGUGGAAAUGGCUUCAUUGAAACUGGAGAGGAGUGUGACUGUGGCACCACUGCUGAAUGUGCCCUUGAAGGAGCAGAGUGUUGUAAGAAAUGCACCUUGACCCAGGACUCUCAAUGCAGUGAUGGCCUCUGUUGUAAAAAGUGCAAGUUUCAGCCCCUGGGAACUGUGUGUCGGGAGGCAGUAAAUGAUUGUGAUAUUCGUGAAAUAUGUUCAGGAAAUUCAAGCCAGUGUUCCCCCAAUGUGCAUAAAAUGGAUGGAUAUUCAUGUGAUGGUACUAAGGGAAUUUGCUUUGGAGGAAGGUGCAAAACCAGAGAUAGACAAUGCAAAUACAUCUGGGGGCAAAAGGUGACAGUGGCCGACAGGUACUGCUAUGAGAAACUGAAUAUCGAAGGGACUGAGAAAGGAAACUGUGGGAAAGACAAAGACACCUGGAUACAGUGCAACAAACGGGAUGUGCUUUGUGGUUACCUUUUGUGUACAAAUAUUGGCAAUAUCCCAAGGCUUGGAGAGCUUGAUGGUGAAAUCACAUCUACAGUUGUUGUGCAGCAAGGAAGAACAUUAAACUGCAGUGGGGGCCAUGUUAAGCUUGAAGAAGACGUUGACCUAGGCUAUGUGGAAGAUGGGACGCCCUGUGGCCCUCAGAUGAUGUGCUUGGAACACAGGUGUCUUCCUGUAGCUUCCUUCAACUUCAGCACUUGCUCAAGCAGUAAAGCAGGCACUGUCUGUUCAGGAAACGGAGUUUGCAGCAAUGAGCUCAAGUGCGUGUGCAACAGGCACUGGACAGGUGCCGACUGCAGCACACACUUUCCUCAAAAUGAUGAUGCAAAGACUGGCAUCACCCUGUCUGGCAAUGGUGUUGCUGGCACUAAUAUCAUAAUAGGAAUAAUUGCUGGCACCAUUUUAGUGCUGGCCCUCAUAUUAGGAAUAACUGCCUGGGGGUAUAAAAACUAUCGAGAACAGAGACAGUUACCCCAGGGAGAUUAUGUAAAAAAGCCUGGAGAUGGCGACUCUUUUUAUAGCGACAUUCCUCCCGGAGUCAGCACAAACUCAGCAUCUAGUUCUAAGAAGAGGUCUGCUUUUUUGUCGCAUUUUCAGAUCUCCACCUGUUCCAUCACACAUUAUUCCAUUAGUCAGAACAUUUCAUUAUUUUGCAGCAGGUCAAAUGGACUCUCUCAUUCCUGGAGUGAAAGGAUUCCAGACACAAAACAUAUUUCAGACAUCUGUGAAAAUGGGAGACCUCGAAGCAACUCCUGGCAAGGUAACGUGGGAGGCAACAAAAAGAAAAUCAGAGGAAAAAGAUUUAGACCUCGAUCUAAUUCAACAGAGUAUUUAAACCCAUGGUUCAAAAGAGACUAUAAUGUAGCUAAGUGGGUAGAAGAUGUGAAUAAAAACACUGAAGGACCAUACUUUAGGACCCUGUCUCCUGCCAAGUCUCCUUCUUCAUCGACUGGGUCUAUUGCCUCCAGCAGAAAAUACCCAUACCCGAUGCCUCCACUGCCUGAUGAAGAGAAGACAGCAAACCGACAGAGUGCCAGGCUCUGGGAGACAUCCAUUUAAGAGCAACUGUUUACAAGCAACACAUCGAAACUGUUUACUUCUACUUUUAUAGAGACCCAGACACCCACCAUCACUACAAAUCUAUCUGCUCUUCAG